CUACCUUAUUUAAUGCCUGCUAUGUUAUAUGGGGCAGAGUGUUGGGCGGUUAAGAAGACUCAUGUGCGUCGUCUGCAUGCGGCGGAGAUGCGGAUAUUACGAUGGAUGUGCGGGAAGACAAGGUUGGAUAGGAUUUCGAAUGAAGUUAUCCGACGUCAAGUAGGUAUGACACCGGUGGAAGACAAGUUGCGGGAAGCGAGGUUGAGGUGCCUUGGCCAUGUGAGACGGCGGGAUGCUGACGCCACUGUACGGAGAUGCGAGAGGAUUACGGUUAUCGGGGGAAGUGGAGUCGGGGGUCUCUUGGAAACAGCCUCCCUACUUCCGAGUAGGGGCAAGAUGGUGAGAGCACCUUGCUGUGAGAAGAUUGGGCUGAAGAGAGGGCCAUGGAGUCCGGAAGAAGACCAUCUUCUUGUUUCUUACAUUCAGAAAAAUGGCCAUUCCAAUUGGAGAGCUCUUCCAAAGAAAGCUGGACUGUUAAGGUGCGGGAAGAGUUGCAGACUAAGGUGGAUAAAUUACUUAAGUCCGGAAAUAAAAAGAGGGAAUUUCAGCAAGGAAGAAGAAGACACCAUUAUCCAUCUCCAUCAACUCCUUGGUAACAGAUGGUCGGCAAUUGCUGCAAAAUUGCCAGGUCGGACAGACAACGAAAUAAAAAACGUUUGGCAUACACAUUUGAAGAAGAGGCUGCCAAACUACGAGCCGCCGCCACCCAAGUCCACCAAGACCGCCCGCCCACCACCGCCAGAACCCACUUGCGACGACGGAGGCCCCACCGUCUCGUCCUCCUCGCCGGAAUCUUCUGUCACGGCCGAAACCACCGCGCCGGAAACCGCCGGAGAAGCGGAGUUCUCGCACAUUGCCGAGAGCUUUUGGACGGAAGUCCUCUGCUUCCCCGACGAGGCUGGCGGCGAAGUGUCGCUCGAGUCCAGGGGUUCGACGACGGCGGCGGCGGAGGAUGGUAUGGACUUCUGGUACGACCUUUUGUUCAGAGCUGGGGAGUUGUCGGAAUUAUCGGACUUUUGAGGGCUCUGUUUUUGUGGCUUCGCAAAUCUUUUGG